AUGUCCGAUCGGCGGUCGCGUGGGCCCGGGCCGAUUACAAGGAGACCUCAUGCGACCUUUUUCACCUACCUCAACUCUUUUGGAACAGUCACCUCAUUAACACUCGAGCGAUGUCGCUUCCGCCAGGCCGAGGUUAUACCGAAUAUCGUUGGCGCUCUGCCUAGUCUUAGAAAACUCGCCCUCCUCUCGAUUACGGUUCAUUCUGCACCUCAGGCUCUCAAUAGUAUAGGGGAGAGCCUCCUGCCCUCUGCAAAGCGGAAGCUCCGAUCACUGAUGCUUUUCGGUUCCUCCGUGCCUUCCCCGACAUCGAAUACAUAUACUGUCGGGACGCCAGAAUGGGAGCUUCCGUCUGACGAAGCCAUAUUCAAGACAGUGGUCAAGGAUAUGAAGGCAUUUACCAAUGUCACUCUUGUUUGGGUGUCUUCAGCCUUUGCGACACUAUUCUUCAAGCUGUUCGCGAAGCAGUGCUGCGAGCUGCGGAUUCUUUAUAUCGGUCUCGUGGACGUGCCCGGACCCGAAUUCCAAGCUGCCAUCGACAAGGUGCUGCAACAAUCUGGGGCAGUUCUUCACACAUUCAGAUGCGAAUACAAACAUCGAGAACAACGUACCAAGCUGGGUAUUAGUACUCCCUCGCUCGUGUACAACACCGCACUAGAACAUCUAGAUGUGACCAUCACUGUAGCGUCGUUACUGCGCACAUCACGGAUUUACAAGACACUCCUAUCUCUGUUCACGCAGCUUAGGAGCCCGUGUUUGAAACACAUGUCCAUGCAAUUCUUCUUACAAAAGCCUGGCGACGUGCGGCCUGGUCACUGUCGACCUCGACACAGAUAUGGAGACCGCUUCCUCGGACAUCGCCAUCUUCCACGCUGCGAUCUGUCACGAGAUAUUUUCUAG